AUUCAUUUCACGCGAAAAACAUGGUGGAGGGAGGAUAGCUUCCAAUUGCCAAGUUUUGUCUACGUGCAGACGGUGCAGAGAGACGUUAUACCUUUCAUAUAUUUAUGAAAUAUAUGCCUUAACAUCAUAAUUGCGCACAGAACAGCACGGAAGAGUGUCAUUUUCUUAAUCUUUCUAAGCCACGAAGAAGUAACACAUAAAUCCGCAAUCUGCUGCAUGAUCUUAUCGUUUGACAGUUUUACAUUGCAAAUUGUAAUCGCACCGUUUUUCAAAAAAAAUCUUACGAUUGUCUCGCUUUAGAAAAUGGCACAAGAAGUGGAGGAAACUAUGAAACGGAUUCAGUCUCACAAGGGAGUAGUUGGAACAAUUGUAGUAAAUGCAGAAGGCAUUCCAAUAAAAUCAACAUUAGAUAAUACAACAACAGUGCAGUAUGCAGGUUUGAUAAGUCAAUUGUCAGACAAAGCUCGUUCUGUUGUGCGCGACUUGGAUCCAACCAAUGAUUUAACUUUUCUACGUAUUCGUAGCAAAAAGCAUGAAAUUAUGGUUGCGCCGGACAAGGAAUUUAUAUUAAUAGUAGUGCAAAAUCCUGUUGAUUGAUGUUUAAAGGAUAAAGAAGUACAUUGCAAAAUUAAGAUUCAUUCUUUUGGUUAUUAAUUUAUUUUAUUCUAUAUACUGUUUGGUUUUAAUAUUCACUUAGUUAAAAAAUGAAAUAAAGCUUGAACAUUAUACAUAUAAUGUGUCAUAUUUGAUUUUCAAGAUAAUUUAGUGAAUUAUAAGCUUUAAAAGGUUUUACAGUGUUUCCUUUGCAAUUAAUAUUUUAUAGUAUUUUUACAAACCAAUUUGAUAAUAGGUUCUAAAUAAACGUGAAUAUAUGUGUA